AUGGAAGUUGGUGCUGCAGUUGCUGCCGGAUGGACCGAAGAGGAGCAACCGGUGAGGUACCUACAGCUGUCUCCAGAUGGCUAUCCAGAGAGCCUGGUUGCCGUACCGGCUGCCCCGCAAGACCUGCCGCCUGCACCCCCGCGGGCCCAGGCCAACCUGGCAGGGUCGGAAACCGUCCUUCAGGAGCGAUCCCCGUGGGAGCAGCUCCUGGAAGCACAGGUCUUCCAAGGAGACCUUGCAGGCCCUGGCACUAUUCCACCGCUCCUCCACACGCAACAGAUGGCCGUGGAAAUGCCUCCGAUGAGGACGCCGAUCAUGGCGGCCAUCGGGCCGGUUCCCUCGGGCCGCGUGGAGCUUCUGUCAGCCAACCUGGGUCCGGCGAACGCUGCCACGAGCAUGAAGAAUCCCAGUGACGCGUUCCAGUCGUGGCUAGUGGACUUGGAGAGAUUUCACGAAGAGAGGCUCCUUCAGGAAGCCCAACGCCGCUUUUGCAGCUGUGGGCCCCACGCCUCUCUGAACGACUUCAAAAAAUGGCUUUGCGCAGCAUCGCACUUCGCAGACGAGGCUAUCGUCCGCGAAAUGCGAAAGUCACAGCUUUGCACCUGGUUGCUGUGUGUGCGACGCCUCUCCCAGCAUCGACCCGGGUUUUCGGAGAUGAGCAGCGUGCUGACAACGAGCCUCCCCCCGGAAGUGAAGCUUCGCAUUGAAGCCUUCAUAGGGGGUAGGCACGUGUGGGGCCCCAUCAGUGCAGCAAGAGCAAAGCAGAUCGCCGAAUGCGCUCAGCGCCAGCUGAAGCGGAGCGAGGGCUUGCUGCGACAAUCAGCAUUGGCUGCGCUCGUGGCGAGGUACGUCCAUCCUGCCGUCGUUCAAGCAGCUGAAGCUGGCUGCAUGGCUUGCUACACCGAGAUCCCAACUGACGAUGUGGCAUUGCAGGCUCUCUACGAGGUGGUGGCAUCUGAGCCACAGCACACCAAGGAGGUGGGUGCCAUGUUGUGUGCGCACCUGGCCAUUGACGGGUUUCAGGUUGAACCCAAAUACCAUGAUCCAGAGUACGGGCUCUGGCGUGGCUUCUGGGUCGACAAGUGCAACAGGCUUCGCUUGGUCCUGCGCUGUGGCAUCAUGGGCCUGCUGAGCCAUGGCGAAGGUGCCUUGGGUCGCUUCGAGUUUGUGGCGGCCUGCGAGGCUCUUCUCGCAGAUAGUCCUGGCUGUGCCAGUGCAGCGGACCUCCAUGAGCUCUUCGAUGUUCUGGAUCCGCAACUUGGCUCAUCAGCAAUGUUGUGGUGCCUCAAAGGCAGACGCAAAGUCUUGGCAGAGAACUUCGUCGGUGGUCGUGUCGUUCCGUGUCAUCGGCGGCUCAAUAGCCCUGGAACGGGCGACGUAGGAUCCGGAAAGUGCUGCUUGCAAGGCAGUGCACUGGGCAGGUUGGUGUCGGGGCGGGCCCGUCAUGUCUUCUUCCGCACGAAGUUGGGUUUCAUCGCGUUCCGGUGCCAGGAGUUUUCUCGGCUUCUUCAGGCUUACCAGCAGGCCCCGAAAGCCGCAGAUGCCCACGCUGCCGCGGCUGCGGCUCAGUGCUCCGAAAAGAAGCAACUGAUGAUCUUCUUAGGUGGGCAGCCCGGCACUGUGCUCAGCCCCUUAGCCGGGCUGCGAGCAUGGCUGCUGCAGAAGAACUGGAUCUUCCAGGAUCUUGAGGUGCAAUUGCCCUGCGGAGCAGAGCAGUCGCUGCGCUUUUCAAGUGCCGGCAAGUUCCGCAUGGACCAAGAACAGGUGACAGGGAGGAUUGGCUGUAGAAGGCAUGCUGCCGCGACGGUCACAACCGACAAGGGACUACGAGAUGAGAUUCGCAGGAGACGGAAGACUGUGGAGAAGUUUCGGGAAUGGAGAUAUGCCAUUACGCUUGCUUUCGCCGCUGCAGGUGGUGUCGGGUUGGCGUUCCGCCGCUGGAGGGGACGUGCCGGCAAGACCGGCUUUAUUGUGGCGACUGCUGCUGGUGUUACUGCGUGGGUAGUGGCCACGAAGCGGUGGGAGUUGAAAAACAUAUCCGCCGAAGAAUUAAUCAAUGUUGCAUUCUCGGGUCCAACAGCAGAGCUUUUCUCGCGGCUUCCUUCAGCGAUAGAGACCCUUCAGGGACGACUGGGAUCAGACGAGCUUUACAUUGCAGACAAGGUGGAGGGUAACUUUGCCAUGCUCCGGCGCCUCAUCAAGCUCUCCUGCUCUGAUCGACGCCCUUACAGCGAAGCCAGAGCGAUCUUGGAUGAAGAGGGCCUUGCAUCAAGCGAAGUUCCGUCGUCGGCGCUGGAAGAAGGGCUCAAGCUGCUUCCGUUUGCAGAGGUUACCUACGAGGAAGACGAAAUUCUCAAGGAAGUCUGUCAAGAACGUGGCCUUCAAGUCCUCGUGCUUGAAGCUACGAGCAAACCUGGAAAGCCAGCACAUUUCCUGUGCUUCGACUCUGAGAAGAAAGAAGCGAUCCUGUCUAUUCGAGGCACAUCAACGCCGGCGGAUGCAUUGACGGACUUGGCAGGAAACAUAGAAGAACGGGCCGUGGACAACGGCAAACUGUAUGCUCAUGCUGGCUUCUUGACCUCCGCCGAGUACGUUUUGCAACGAACCGUGCCUGCCCUCAGGGAUCUUCUGGCACCGCUUGGCUAUGGGUUGAUUGUCACAGGGCACAGUUUGGGUGCCAGCACUGCCUGCUUGGUCACCCGACUUCUGCGGGCGCAAAUGGUCGAGUGGAGUGAUCCACUUGCCUCACUGCGAUGUGUCGCCUUUGCUCCUUGUCCGUGCAUGGAUGCAGUGAAUGCUGGGCUCUGUGCAGAUGGAGACGAUGGACCUCCACUGGUCUUGAGUUUCGUCUGCAAUGACGAUGCCGUGCCACGUAUCAGCAUGCAGAACCUGGGCCGGCUGUCGUUGCUCGGCAAGGGCGCAUCGGUCCAAGAGGUGAUACGUCUGGCAUCAAGCCGAACUUCUCGGGAGACGGACCAGCAGUUGCCAGGGAAGGUGGUCGUGCUGCACCACAAGGACGACGAUCCUAUUGAUCAGCCAGAAGUCGAUGCAGACACCGACACGGAUGCGAGCGAGGCAUCCAAGGCUUCUGGCACUCCCGGCAAGUGGAUGGCUUGGCUUGGAAGUGCCAGGGAUUUUCCAGAGGUCGGCUACAUUGAGUUGGCUCCCGAUGGUAUCACAAAUCACCUUGCCGCGAAGUACCGGGAAUCCCUGGCGGUCGUGGCUGCCUCGCGCGGCGUGGCUCUCGAGGCGGAGCCCCGAGCAGCAGAGACCUUUCUGGACUGGCGCCAGCGAGCAAAGUGUACAUAG